AAUCGUAUCGACAUAUUACCUAGACGUAAAAUCUUGGUACUUACUAUGGAAACCAUAGCAACCAAUAAUAAUUACAAAACUUGUUCUAUGAUGUUGAUAAAUACAAUUUAAAUAGAGUAUCUUAUUAUUUUUGAUAUAAUGGUCAAUUUUUGCAGUUUAAAAUGUAUCUAUAACUUUACAUAAAGCGUGUAUUAGCAAAUUUCCAAUUAUAUUAUAGUGUAUUACCAAAUUUUUUGUUGGUUCAAUAAUGCCCACAACUUGUUUUUAUUUACACAUUAUCAUUCAAUGCUUCCGAAAAUGAUUAUUUUUUCAAUAAUGCUUAUUAAAAUGCGAUUGUAACGCUGUGUACAAAUGUAUGUAGAAUGUUCAUAAUAAUAUUUAACAACAGCAUGUGAUUGUUUUGGAGACAUUAUCUCCAUUUGGGUAAAAUAGCAAUUAAUUUAAAAAAAAAAUUGCUAUAUCAUGGUUUUCUUUUUGUGAUAAAUGGGCAGUACCAGUGUCUUUAUAGUUUUUUAAAGUGAAAUAAUAACAGUGAUUGUCGACGAGCGUGAACACGAGCACGACAGCGAGCGCAAUGAAUCGGUACAUCGUGCUGCAACAACUGGGGGACGGGACCUACGGCUCUGUGGUGUUGGCGCAGCGGCGCGACACCGGCGAGAAAGUUGCUAUUAAACGCAUGAAAAGAAAGUAUUACUCAUGGGACGAGGCCAUGAACUUGCGUGAAGUCAAAUCGUUGAAGAAGCUUAACCAUGCUAAUAUCGUGAAACUCCGUGAAGUGAUUCGAGAAAAUGACACUCUGUAUUUUGUGUUCGAAUAUAUGCGCGGUAACUUGUAUCAACUUAUACGGGAUGCGGAACGUCCCUUCCCGGAGCCGGUUCUGCGAAACAUUUUGUAUCAGGUGUUGCAAGGAUUGGCGCAUAUGCAUCGGCAUGGAUUCUUUCACCGAGAUCUCAAACCGGAGAAUUUACUGUGUGCCGGUCCGGAACUCAUAAAAAUCGCCGAUCUAGGCCUAGCUCGGGAGGUGCGUUCCCGACCGCCAUACACUGACUACGUUUCAACGCGUUGGUAUCGCGCGCCAGAAGUUCUAUUGCACGACACGCGAUAUGGAGCCCCCAUAGAUCUAUGGGCGCUCGGUUGUAUAGCCGCUGAGCUUUACACUUGUCGCCCAUUGUUUCCGGGUAACUCGGAGAUUGAUCAGUUGCAUAAGAUAUGCGCUAUGUUAGGUACUCCUGACCGCGACGAGUGGCCCGAAGGAUACGCAUUGGCAGAAGCGUUGCGUUUUCGCUUUCCUACGAAUACAGGGGUGGCGAUGUCGCGUGUGGUGCCCAGCGCGUCGCCGCCGGCCCUCGCGCUCUUGACCGCGCUGCUGCGCUAUCCUCCACGAGAUCGGCCCACGGCGCCCCAGGCGUUACGAUUUCCUUAUUUUGCUGUCGGAGCUGCUUUGAUUCUACCGCUGCCGGCAUCUAGAGCGAGAAGGAGCAGUAGAAGCGAGUUGGAGAACGCGGCCCCGCUGUCUCUGGUGCAGGGACCGGUGCCGGCGCCGCCGCAACCGCCGCCGGCUAUCGUAGCUCCCGCGAUGCCCGUCAUAGUUCCACCUCAUCGCGAUCGAUUCGCAGAUAUUCUUGGGGGCGAGGUGCUGCACGAGGUGGGCGGCGAGGAGCCGCUGCGGCAGGUGUCGGGCGCGGGCGCGGGCGCGCGGCGCGAGUACCGCGCCAGCGGCCGCAGCGUGCUGGCGGCGCUGCAGGCCGCCGCGCCGCCGCCCGCCGCCGCGCCGCGGCCCGCCGCCGCCGCCUACCUGGGCGCCUCGCGGUACGUCGCCGGCGGUCGCAUCGACACCUCGCUCUUCCGACCGCUGCCGCUCCGAACGCACCGAGAAGCGGCAGCGGUCGGCAGCGGUGCAUCGCGGGUAGAUUGGGCUGCCAAAUAUUUGCGUUGAGUACCCUUUACGUUGGUUAUACUCAUCAGAUUCACCUCCGCUACGUGCGCUGUGCGCGCAGUAUUGUACGCAGCAGAGCGGACAGUCGCAGUGAUGUUGAUACAAGCGAAGUAUGAACACCAUCAUGACCUGUAGCGGGGUUACAUGUAUCAAAUGACAAUGUAAAUGUAUUCACAUGUAUAUACACGUGAUAUAAUACGGUGCUUGAGACAAUACCCGGCAUCCGUGACCUCAGACAAACUAUAUUGAAACUUAUUAUAGAUGUAACUGGUAAUAUUCUGUCACCCGAGUGUCUUUCUAAAUUAAAUCAUAUUAGAUGUUAAAGUAGUCCAGGUGUGAAACGUCCACCAUUUUUGGUUGUUAUGGUGAAAUAGGAUCGCCAUCACACGGUGGCGCUAGUGUAGUAAAAUACCUACUAUCUACACGUUUGUAAAAGUUUAAAAACGUUGCUAGUAGAUUUUAGUACAUCAACAUGACUGCAGCUCCUGAAUAUAAUUUAUUUACUAAAAAGAGGUUUAUUAUUAUUUUAUAAUAUGCACUUUUUGUAGUUGAAUUAUAAAGGAAAAGAAAGAGCAAACAUUAAUUCGUAUUUCGAAUUCGAGUACUUACCUACGUAUUUAAGUUGAAUUGAUAAUUAUAUUUGGGCGCCAAGCUAAUUAAUGCAUUGAGAUUUUUUUUUAACUGGAAUUCUGUUCUCUCUUGAUUUGGUGCCACAUUUAUUUUUUCAUACAACGACAUCUAGCAGUCUAAAUUGUAAUGUGACUUAAUAAAGUAUAAAACGUGUCAUCCAUCACGACCAGUGUUAUCAAGAACAAGCAAAUGUUAAACUAAUAAAGUCAGAACAUAUAAUUAAUUUGAAAUGUUAGGUUUUGAUAAGUAGGUACUAAGUUUAUAAGUGAAGUAAUAAAUGUUAAACUUUUGUUCA